AUGUGUCAACAUGAAGAAUCCCGGUCUGGGUCGAGUGGGGCCAGAGUGGGUUCGAUACUGAAGCUACUCGCCGUCGGCUUCCUGAUUCUAUCGGGGACCUACAACGCCGAUAUCUACUACCAAGACUCGGGUUCAACUACUGUGUCGGAUGCUGCACAGCCGUCUGGUAAACGGCGGCGUAAUGAAAACCGCAAAUAUCUGCUCAGUACCCGCAGUGGAAAUGCCCGAGUAGGUCAAAAAGAAGCUACUUUCCUUGAUCAAGGGCUCGUUGUAUAG